AAAAAAAAAUGGCAAAUCCACAGUUAGCAGUAGAAACAAAAUUACUUGAAGCUACAAAGAUAGUCGAAGAGCAAAUAGAUGCUGAGAUCGAAAAGCUAGAGAAACUAGACAUUGAUGAAUUGGAAUCAUUAAGGAAGCAGCGCCUUGAUGCACUUAAGAAACAGGAAACCAAAAAACGUGAAUGGUUAGAAAAAGGUCAUGGAGAAUAUUCUGAACUUCCAGAAGAAAAAGAAUUUUUUGAAGUCUGCAAGAAAAGUGAAAAUGUUGUUUGUCACUUUUACAGAGAAAGCACCUUUCGAUGUAAGAUUGUGGACAAACAUUUAGCUGCUCUUGCUCGUAAACACAUUGAAACUAAGUUUUGUAAAAUUGAUGUAGAGAAAUCACCAUUUCUCACUGAUCGGCUCAGAAUUCGUGUUUUGCCUACAAUUGUACUUUGUAAAAAUGCAAUAACCAAAGACUUUAUUGUGGGUUUUGAUGACCUAGGUGGUCAUGAUGAGUUCUCUACUGAGAUGUUGGAAUGGCGUAUAGCUCGUGCUGAAGUUAUCAUCUACAAUGGGGAUCUUACCACGCCACCAAAUAGCUUAAAUUCAGCAAAGAAAAAUAAACCAGUUUUUGGAUAUCGAAAGAAAAAUAUUCGUGAUGAUGAUGGUGGUGAUGAUAGUGAUGAAGACUAAAUUUAUUUAGUAUAUAAUUUUACUCUAAGCUAACAUUAAAUAUUAAUCAAAUGAGUGGUUUUUAAAAUAUGCUCUUUUUUUGCUCACCUUAUGAUAAAACUGAAAAGAAAGUUAGUUUAUAAAUACUCAUUUGUUUUUUUUUCUCUUUGAAGUAAUUUUACUGAUUACUUGGCUUUGAGUAAAACUAUUAAUAAUAAUAAUAAUAAUAGUUUAUAGUUAUCAUUCUGAUAGCUGAGACAUUUUUCGUUAACUUACCUCAAGGCUACAUUUGUAAGUUUGUGUACUUACAAAUUAGUUACUUUUUUAUUUCUCAGACUUAGUUUGUUCACCCAUUAAAACCAGCCACAGAAGUAAAAUGACAUGCAGUGAUAACGAAUGCAUAGUAAAAUUAAGACUAACAGAAAUAUUAAUAAAUACAUAUAUUUAUACUUUGCAUUAUUAAGUAUUGUACUUUGAUUGGCCAGGUACUAAUAUUUUACUUUAAUGAUUUAUAUGUGUAUCAUAACUUGUGGUGAUGUUAAGGUUUUAUUGGUAGAAUCAGUGUUUGUUUUAAAAUAUUUUGUUUUGUAAUACCUGUACAUCAUAAUGCAUUCCAAAAGUAUGUACCGCUUUUAUUCAGUAAAACUUGUUUUUUCAGUUAAAA